AUGCCAGUCUGGAUAUUUACACACAGUAAGGAUGCCUUCACUCCCGACGAGAAGGCAAGUCUAGCCUCAGAAGUCACCCAAAUCUACACUAGACUUGGGCUCCCUGCGUUCUACGUCAACGUGCAGUUCAUCGAAAUGCCCGUUCACGAUUUUUACAUAGCAGGCGUCCGCCGCUCCAAGUUCACCCUAAUUACCAUCUACCAUGUCGCGCGACGUUUUGAAAACGAAUCUGUCAAAGUGCGCUUCCUGGGGAAGGUGGACUCGAUUCUGAACCCAAAGCUCGGGGCGAAAGGGAUGGACUGGGAAUACUUCAUCCAGGAGUCGCCGCGAGAGUUUUGGAAGAUAAACGGUAUCAUUCCGCCGCCGACGGGGUCUGAUAUGGAAAAGGUUUGGUUUCGGGAGAAUAAGCCCGUUGUGGCGGGGAAGAUCAAGGCACUUCUCUGA